AGGUGGCUAUACUUAAAUACAUUGGCCUAAAGGUCUAGCCAUAAACUCCAAAAAAAACUUAUAUACUAGUAAUUAGUAAUCUGUGCAGUUGCCUAGCAACCGGAAAGAAUUUACAAAAUGCCAUCAACAAAAUAAUCACGUUUGUUAGAUGUAAAUGUUUCAUUAAAAUAUGUGGUAUAACAAAGUAAAACAUUAGACAAUAUUUAUGAUAGUGUCUUAACAAUAUUUCUAACAUGUCAUCCAUAUCUAGUUCGAAGGAAAUUAAGGAAAUGUCCUGUGACAACAGUAAUAAGGAGUUCCUACUCUUGGAAAAAACUUGUGAAGCCCUCAAAGACAGCGAUGAAGAAAUUAAAAUGAUCUUCAAUGAAAUCAAAAAACUAUCUCACAAUAAUCAUGUUGAAAUAACCGACGAAGACGACGUGGAGUUGAUAUUGAGGAAAGCCGAAAACAUAGCGAAUGAAACAGAAAACUUACUGAAAAGCAGUCCAUUGGUUACUAAUACGGCUACCUCGUAUCUAGGUGAUACAUCAGUUAUUUCCGAAGUAAAAGUUGAUAAGUCAAAGAGCUUAGAAGCUUCCAAGGAAGGCAACAAAUCCUUUAAGGUCAGCCCAGGAGUUAGGCGAAAUGGGAAAGACAAUAUUGAUAGUCGACGUAAGUCGAAAACAAGACCUUUCUCCGCAGGAGUAAUAGAUUCUAAGAAAAAAGAAGCCGCGAAAGUAGCUCGGCUGACGUCUGGUACGCCGAAAAAACUUAAUUGUAAACACGAUCAGCAGUUGGAAGAGCUAAAGGAUACAAAUGAAAGAGUGAAAAGUCUUGAAUUAUUAAACGUACAACUUGUAGACGAUUGCAAGGCGUUAAAGAACAUAGUAAGGCAAUUAGAAGAAGAUAAACAUGUGGCGGAAUUUAAAUUAGUUGAAUGCGAGAAAUUCGUAAAUCGGCUUGCAAAGGAAUACAACAAUAGAGAAACUGAACUUAAAAAUUAUAAGCAAAAUGAGCAAAGUGCAUUGGUUGAGUUAAACAAGGAGAAGAAUGAAAGAAAGAACUUUAGUAUCCAACGCGAGAAAGAUGCAAUGAUUAUACAGGACUUGCAAAGGCAGGUUAAGGAAAUGGAGUUGAUAUUAAGGAGGAAACAUCCGGACUCUGUUUCCGCGUUAAUUGUUGCAUCAAAAUCAUCCACAGUCGACGACAACAAAAAGAAAUUGUUAGAAGAUCGUAUAUUGAGAUUAGAAAAAGAAUUGAAAGACAAAGAAACGCAUUUUCACCAGGUUUUAAUGACCCUUCAAGAAAAGUUUACCGACAUGAAACAGAAAUACGAGAAUCAUAUAGUCGACGUAGAGAGACAGCUAAUGGAUGACAAAAAAACCAAUAACGACUUGAAAAAUAAAAUUAAUAGAGUUAAUUUACAAGACAUUGCCGUCCAAACUGUCCAAAAAAAUCAACAUACGGUUGGGACACAAACUUUUUUAAAGGCUGACAGAGCAUCGUCAGCCGUUAGUAGAUUAACCCAGAAUUCAGCCUUAAUUUUUAACAGACUAAAAGAAGACAGCUACCUCAUUGCUACUAUAAAGGGAUUACAGACUGAACUAACAGCGAAACAACGAACAAUUUCUAAAAUUAACCGGGAAUCGGAAGAGCUAAGAAAGAAUUUGAGAAAUCUGCAAAAGGAAAAAGAAAUUUUAAUGAAUUUAAACCCGCAAAAGAAAAAUACAUGUAGACCAGCUAAGUCGGCUGAGAGUGUGAUGCUUAAAGUGACUCAUGAGAUGGAAGCUGAAAUAUCAGAUGUAAGAAAGCAGAAGGAAGCCCUGAUGGAAGAAAGGGUGGGUCUUCUCGCAUCUUUAAAAAGGACUAAUGAAGACCUAAUUAUGUUGAAAAAGAAACGUAUUCAAGAUCUCCAUACACUACAAUUGGCUCAUGAAAAAGAGCUAAUGCAGAUGAACAUGCAACUGUACCCUCUACAAGAAGAAAUUAAACUGCUAAAUCGCACUGUGGAAAUUCUUCAGGAACGGGUAAGAACAGCUGAUGACAAGUUGAUAAAGUAUCAAGCGACUGACGUGCACGCGGGUGGGGAUAAUUUUGGGUCCAAGGGGAAUAGCCGUAAGUGAUUGGUUAUUUUAACUUGGUUACUUUAUAUUUUUGCCGGUUAUCUGUAGAUUAAGAAAAUUAUGCUAUUUCAUAUGUUACUCAAUAUUAUUUAGUGCGUUUAGCACGAAUAAUGCGAAGGGACAAUCAAAAUAGUAGGCUUAACGAUUUUGGUGUUAUAUUAUUUUUUCAUUUGUUUUGUGUCUUAAGAAAGAAAUAAUAAUAAGUAUUAAUUUACAUAAUCGACGAAAACAGCUCGCUGUAUAAGUAGGUAUUAGUCUCGGCACGUAACUUGGCCAGAAUUUGCGUCGUGGGGAAUAGGCCGCGAUUUGACUUAGAAAUAAUUUAAAAAAAAAGGGUGCGUGUACUUAUGUACGCGCGUAAGAAGUCUUCUUUGGCAUUAUUAAAAAUAGUUUUUG